AUGGGUAAUGCCGAGUCACGCCAACCAGGCGGRGGGGCCUCGACGGGGACGCCACAGCGGAAAGAGUCUCAGCAGUAUCCUCGAGCGGGCAAGAGCGGGGCGGGAACGGCGGCGAGCACAGAGCAUGCCAGCAGUCCCAACACCAAGACAAAGCAUGGCCGACAACGCUCAACCACGACCGCCAGCYCCACGAAACACGACUCGAGCAGUCGUAGCAAUACCCCGAGCAAUAGCAACACCAUGGGCAAUGAGGCCAGCGCACCGCACGCUCCCUCACGGCCCGGCACACCGUCACCACCUGCGACGACAGCAUCACCUGUAGAGCGCGAAUCGACUCCCUCCUCACAAUCACAACCAGUGGCAAUCCCGCUCUCCGCCGCAGCAUCGGCCAGCGAUGGGCAACAAGAUCCGGUGCUGUCGCCAGCAUAUCACUUGCCGCCCGCAGCGAUAUACAGCCGACCGCCGCGUCUCCCUCUCCCCAUUGAGGAGGAAGAUCACAUGCCCGGCUCGCCUAUCCUCCCAUCCCAGGACAUUACCUCACCACUCGAUGAUAAUGACCUCGAAAGCGGCAUCAUACCGCGAAGGUCGAGCAUGCUCAGCUCGACCACAGUCGACGAUGAGGAAGACAUGGAGAAUAACGACGCCUUUCCUCCAGACGUCUCUCAAUCACUGCAGGUCAAGAUACCCACGAAAGUGGAGUGGAAUGGCCCGGGCGAGAAGGUGUUUGUGACGGGAACAUUCUGCAACUGGGAGAAGAAAAUGAAGCUGCACAAGAACAAAGGAUCGGACAAGCAGGGCUUCUCCGCCAAUAUUCUGCUCCCGCCGGGCACACAUCACAUCAAAUUUUUAGUCGACGGCGAGAUGACAACGUCGAACGAAUUGCCCACCACUGUUGAUUGGACCAACAUUCUUGUCAACUAUGUCGAGAUUGUGGCGCCUCUACCUCCCGAGACAGAGGGAGAGAAGCAGCCACCCGCGCCGGCUGAGCCGAUGCCGAUACCAGGCGCAACAGGGACUGCAGAACAGCAUGGGGACGCUGUGCGACCUCUACCCUAUCGCUCUGCAGACCUUCAAUCUGGUCCAGAUGCAGAUCUUGCCUCCACCCUACAAGACGUAGGACCGAAAGGCGAGCGAACACCAUCUGUUUCAGCGCCGACACCCAUGCCAGAUCCAGCCCAACAGCAGAAAUCUGAGCCUACCGAGCCUGUGGCCAAGGUGCCCAGACCGAAAUACACCAACAAAAUACCUCAAUUUCUUCUCGAUCUUGACAACUACAGCCAUCCUGACGAUGAAAGCUUUCAACGUGYGCAACGGGUCGCAGGCACACUUCCGCCGCCUCCCAGUUUGCCCAUGUUUUUGAGCAAGAGUAUUCUGAACGGGAAUACUCCUCACAAGGAUGACGCUAGCGUGUUGAUCAUGCCAAACCACACUGUGUUGAACCACUUGGCCACUAGUAGUAUCAAGAGUGGAGUGCUCGCUACCAGCGGCACCACGAGAUACAAGCGAAAGUUUCUCACGACCAUCAUGUACAAGCCUACUUCAGAUGCUGGCUGA